AUGGACAACAUCUUGGAGAUUCCAAAGACCAUUUAUAUUGGUGUAGUCGUUGCAACUUUCCUUUUCAACACUGGACGUAUUAAAAAAGCAGUGGACAUCUUUAACGAAUGUCUGGUGCUCCUUAACGGUAAAGCCACACCAGUUCUUACCUAUGUAUACCGUAAACUUCUUGAUGGCUAUACUCGUGUGUACGAUCACAUCCGUGCGAUAGAAUGUGGUAAAAAGCUUCUAGUGACACUACACAAUACUGGCCAAAAAGAAGCAGAAGGGAUAACAUUACUUCAACUAGCAAAAAUCUACUAUCAAAGAGGCAAAUACGAAGAAGCAAAACAGUUUUACGAGAAGGCACUCAGCAUCAUGAUUGAGGCUAGAAAUAAUCUCGGAGUUGGAGAAUGUUACGGAAAUCUAGGAGCUGUGUUUGAAUCUGUUGGUCAACAUACCAAGGCUGAAGAAUACCUUCAAAAAGCACUAGUGAUCAGGAAAGAAAUCGGUGACAAAAGAGGAGAGGCAACAGAUUACGGAAAUCUAGGAGCUGUGUUUGAAUCUGUUGGUCAAUAUACCAAGGCUGAAGAAUACCUUCAAAAAGCACUAGUGAUCAGGAAAGAAAUCGGUGACAAAAGAGGAGAGGCAACAGAUUACGCAAAUCUAGGAGCUGUGUUUGAAUCUGUUGGUCAAUAUACCAAGGCUGAAGAAUACCUUCAAAAAGCACUAGUGAUCUGGAAAGAAAUCGGUGACAAAAAAGGAGAAGCAACAGGUUACGGAAAUCUAGGAACUGUGUUUGGCUCUGUUGGUCAAUAUACCAAGGCUGAAGAAUACCUUCAAAAAGCACUAGUGAUCAGGAAAGAAAUCGGUGACAAAAGAGGAGAAGCAACAGAUUACAAAAAUCUAGGAGAUGUGUUUAAAUCUAUUGGUCAAUAUACCAAGGCUGAAGAAUACCUUCAAAAAACACUAGUGAUCAGGAAAGAAGUCGGUGACAAAAGAAGAGAAGCAUCUGCUUACGGAAAUCUAGGAAAUGUGUUUGUAUAUGUUGGUCAAUAUACCAAGGCUGAAGAAUACCUUCAAAAAGCACUAGUGAUCAGGAAAGAAAUCGGUGACAAAAGAGGAGAAGCAACAGAUUACGGAAAUCUAGGAGCUGUGUUUAAAUCUGUUGGUCAAUAUACCAAGGCUGAAGAAUACCUUCAAAAAGCACUAGUGAUCUGGACAGAAAUCGGUGUCAAAAACGGAGAAGCAUCUGCUUACGGAAAUCUAGGAACUGUGUUUGGCUCUGUUGGUCAAUAUACCAAGGCUGAAGAAUACCUUCAAAAAGCACUAGUGAUCAGGAAAGAAAUCGGUGACAAAAGAGGAGAAGCAACAGAUUACGGAAAUCUAGGAGAUGUGUUUAAAUCUGUUGGUCAAUAUACCAAGGCUGAAGAAUACCUUCAAAAAACACUAGUGAUCAGGAAAGAAGUCGGUGACAAAAGAGGAGAAGCAUCUGCUUACCGAAAUCUAGGAACUGUGUUUGUAUAUGUUGGUCAAUAUACCAAGGCUGAAGAAUACCUUCAAAAAGCACUAGUGAUCAGGAAAGAAAUCGGUGACAAACAAGCAGAAGCAGCAGAUUACAAAAAUCUAGGAACUGUGUUUGGCUCUGUUGGUCAAUACACCAAGGCUGAAGAAUACCUUCAAAAAGCACUAGUGAUCAGGAAAGAAAUCGGUGACAAAAGAGGAGAAGCAACAGAUUACGGAAAUCUAGGAGCUGUGUUUAAAUCUGUUGGUCAAUAUACCAAGGCUGAAGAAUACCUUCAAAAAGCACUAGUGAUCACGAAAGAAAUCGGUGACAAAAAAGGAGAAGCAUCUGCUUGCGGAAAUAUAGGAACUGUGUUUGUAUAUGUUGGUCAAUAUACCAAGGCUGAAGAAUACCUUCAAAAAGCACUAGUGAUCAGGAAAGAAAUCGGUGACAAAAGAGGAGAGGCAACAGAUUACGGAAAUCUAGGAGCUGUGUUUAAAUCUGUUGGUCAAUAUACCAAGGCUGAAGAAUACCUUCAAAAAGCACUAGUGAUCACGAAACAAAUCGGUGACAAAGAAGGAGAAGCAUCUGCUUACGGAAAUCUAGGAAAUGUGUUUGUAUAUGUUGGUCAAUAUACCAAGGCUGAAGAAUACCUUCAAAAAGCACUAGUGAGCAGGAAAGAAAUCGGUGACAAACAAGGAGAAGCAGCAGAUUACGGAAAUCUAGGAACUGUGUUUCAAUCUGUUGGUCAAUAUACCAAGGCUGAAGAAUACCUUCAAAAAGCACUAGUGAUCAGGAAAGAAGUCGGUAACAAACAAGGAGAAGCAACAGAUUACGGAAAUCUAGGAGCUGUGUUUGAAUCUGUUGGUCAAUAUACCAAGGCUGAAGAAUACCUUCAAAAAGCACUAGUGAUCAGGAAAGAAAUCGGUGACAAGAAAGGACAAGCAGCAGAUUACGGAAAUCUAGGAGCUGUGUUUGGCUCUGUUGGUCAAUAUAGCAAGGCUGAAGAAUACCUUCAAAAAGCACUAGUGAUCAGGAAAGAAAUCGGUGACAAAGAAGGAGAAGCAUCUGCUUACGGAAAUCUAGGAACUGUCUUUAAAUCUGUUGGUCAAUAUACCAAGGCUGAAGAAUACCUUCAAAAAGCACUAGUGAUCAGGAAAGAAAUCGGUGACAAAAGAGGAGAAGCAGCAGAUUACGGAAAUCUAGGAACUGUGUUUGGCUGUGUUGGUCAAUAUACCAAGGCUGAAGAAUACCUUCAAAAAGCACUAGUGAUCAGGAAAGAAAUCGGUGACAAACAAGGAGAAGCAGCAGAUUACGGAAAUCUAGGAACUGUGUUUGGCUGUGUUGGUCAAUAUACCAAGGCUGAAGAAUACCUUCAAAAAGCACUAGCGAUCUGGACAGAAAUCGGUGACAAAGCUGGUGUUGGAGCUUCAUACUUAAAUCUGGGAAAACUUUGUCGAGAACCUCAACUUACUGCAAAGAGUCAAGAAUUUGCUAAUAAAGCACUUGAGAUAAGUUACGAAAUAGGGGACAUUGAACUGCAGUUUAACAGCCACCUUACCAUUGCUCUGAACGAGUUCGUGGCAGAAGGAAGCAUAACUGAACUUCUGCGAAAUCUGCAUGAAAGCAUUCAGAAGUGUGAAAAAAUGCAUGAUUUUUUAAGAGUGAAAGAUGAAUUCAAAAUUUCCUUUUUUGAUGAGCAUGUGUCCCCUUACAUUCUUCUUUGUAGCUUGUUAAUUGCUACAGGCAGUUAUUAUGAAGCUCUUUACGUUGCCGAGCUUGGACGAUCCAGAGCACUGACAGACGUACUUUCAGAUAAGUACUCUGUGGAAAAAGGGGUAUCAGUCAACCCACAGUCAUGGAUUGGUAUGGAGAACAUUAUGAACAAAAAUGCACUUAGUUCUUGUCUUUAUGUUUCCUGCUUCGCUGAUAAUAUGUACUUUUGGAUCCUCAAGCCAAACAAAAUGAUAGUUUUCCGACAAACGAGAUUCAAAGAAAGUGCAGAUAAAGUGUUUGGAAAUCAGACAUUUGGUGGCUCUCGUGAUUUACGUCAAGACCAAUGCGAAGAUCGAUCAUUAUUUUCAAGUGUAAGUUCCCCGCUAUCAAGCAAACAAUCUCAGAGUGACAGCUUCGAAUCUUUGCGUCUUAUCGAAGAAGAGGAAGACGAAAAUCACGACUCUAAACCUUUGACCCUUGCUGAUGGUUACAACAUGAUAGUCGCUCCUGUAGCUGACUUACUCCAAGAAUCAGAAAUCAUUAUUAUACCGGAUAACUUGUUGUAUCCAAUUCCUUUUUCUGCUUUAAUGGAUGGUAAUGGAAAUUAUUUAUCGGAUACUUUCAGGAUUCGCAUUGUCCCUUCCUUGACGACUCUUAAGUUGAUUCAGCUUAGUCCAGCAGACUACCAUAGUAAAACCGGUGCAUUGAUCGUAGGGGAGCCAGAAGUUAGUGAUGUAUACUAUCGAGGAAAAAUUCUACAGUUAAACUCACUGCCUUGGGCGAGAAAGGAAGCAGAGAUGAUUGGGCGACUGCUCGGUGUUCAACCGUUGCUUGGAAAGGAUGCAACUAAGCAGGCAGUCCUGGAAAGCAUGCAUUCAGUAAGUCUCAUUCACUUCGCUGCUCAUGGUUAUGCCGAACGUGGAGAAAUAGCUCUUUCCCCUAUAAGCUCCUGCGGAACUCCACACGAAGAAAGCUACUUAUUAACGAUGGCUGAAAUUUCACAAGUUCGACUAACAGCCAAGCUGGUUGUCCUUAGCUGCUGUCAUAGUGCAAGUGGUCAGAUUAGAGCUGAGGGAGUUGUUGGAAUCGCUCGAGCAUUUCUAGCAUCGGGUGCACGCGCCGUGCUGGCGGCACUGUGGGCUAUAGAGGACAAAGCUACCAUGUGGUUUAUGAAUCGUUUUUACGAGCACCUUGUCCGUGGUGAAAGUGCCAGUGAAUCUCUUCAUCAGGCCAUGAAGUCGAUGAGAGAGACUCGCUUUUCUGACGUCAAGCAGUGGGCACCCUUUAUGCUGAUUGGAGAUGAUGUGACAUUCAAAGGUUUGUAUUUGACAUCAUUUUUAGGUUUUUUAGUUAUCUUAGUCAAAAUUUGUGAAAUUGAUGUUCGUGACACUACGCAUCAUUUUGAAAAAUAUUAUGAAGGGAGUUAUACUGAGUUUUCGUAGUUUUUUUUAAUUUAUUGUCUUUUCCAACCCUGGUUAUGGAAGUGAGGCAACUGGAGAGAAGGCCGAUUUUCAUUAUUUUCCGAUUUUUAUGGAAUAUUUCGUAAAGCAUGCUCGGAUCUCUAACUAACUAAAGUGAAAAUGUAAAAAACGAUAUUUGAGAUUCCAAAGAGCAUACGAAAACAAUUUAUUAAUAUAUUACAGAGAAGAGAAGGAAGUGUUAAACACACUUAUUCCUGAUGAAAGACAAAAUGUAGCCUGUUCGAGGUUCCGCGACUGAGUCGCUCAGCACGCGUUUCACCGCUUCAUCCCUACAAUCUGAGAGCCUGGAAGAGGCAAAAAAAAGCGCUGCUAGUAUUUUUAGUCUUAAAAAGAUUCAUCCUCAGGGAACCAGAGACAGUGCAGAGGGUAUACGUACUAAUUACCGGUGGGCGAGAGUUUAAGAGCAGACUGGAAGAUUCCCUGGGUACUUAAUAUGACCCAAGCAGCUGCAGGAGCAUUUGAUUUUGCAACUUCUAUUUUAUACAGGUAUUUUUCUGGCAAAUGAGCUCAGGGCAAAUCCCUUGUCGAUUUCGUGUGCUCUUAAAAGGAGGUUUAUUGUCAUCAAUCGCCUCUCUUAUGAUGCUUGUUCCGCGGAGAAGUCGAAAGAUUUAAUAUGCCCCCAAGAAAGUAUUUCAUUCGAUUCGAUUGGGUUUUACAAUACGUUUUGCUUUAGUUCUCUUCGUAGUCGCGAUUUUGUACCAGAGGAGAUGGCUGAUGGGCAACCAUUGCACAGGCUGCUUGGGCUGCUCGGGUGGCAAUGGAUAGCAUGGUUGGCUUGAUAUCAAUCUCCUGCUUCAAGUUAUAAUCUGAUCAGUAUACAAACACCAAACGAAACGAAGGAAUUUGAAAUAAAGAAAAAUAUUCUCACUGCAUACAUAAUUGGCCGGUGACGCUAGAAUUAAGUAACUCUUUUAAAUUCCGUUGUGUUGGGCCUGCGCGCUCGUAACAUGAUGCAUUGCGACCUGGGUUAGAACUGCUUAGUUUUUGCCCGCCUCUUGGCUAGUUCAACGGGGUUCAGUGGAAGUGACUUAGAAGUUUCGCCCCUCCCACCUCCCCUGGUGGCGGUUGACGUCGCUUACUCUCAUUAUUCGGCGUGCCUGUUGUCCUGGCAGUCGCGGUUGCCUCCCACAACUUAGUUCUCCGUGUCGGAACGAUAGGUAUGCGGUGCAAAUAUUAUACGAAUCACAUUUAAGCUGAAAGUGAUACAAUAUGACUUGACUGAAUUUUUAGCAUACAAAUGAUUCCUCAAAAUGUAAAGGUUUCGUUAUUUGUUUGACUUUGAAAAAAUCCGUGCCAGAUAUUUAGGUAAAACAUUUAGCACAACGAGCAACAGAAGCAUGUUGAUCGAUGGCUAAAAUAAAUUGUUCAAAGAAUACAUACGAAAGGGAACCGUCAUGAUUAGUUUUUUCUAUUUGAAUCGCAGGUGCAUUUGAUAAGAGCAGUUUGAAAGAUGGCGAAGGUGCAACGGAAACAAAGAACUUGUAAACUGAGAGGAA